AUGUGGACAUCUGGUGCUUGGCCAUGCUGGGAACCAAUGUUUGCUGGCCAGUGGAGUCGCUCGUGGGUGGCAUUCCCGCCCGCAUCGGUAUCAGAAUGUGGAAGUUGGGCAGCAGCCACGCGCUGCUUUCUGCAGAGUCGCUCCCGGAUUCUGAUACCAGAACGAAGGCAAUACGACUCGCUGCGCUUGUCAAAGCAUCCAUGCAGGAAGGACUGGAAGACCUUGCGGCUAAAGGUUUUUCGGGCCAAAGAAACGCAAGGAACGAGGAGGCCAAGUCGAAGUAG